AUGUUCUUCAGACGCUUCUUCGGCGGCUCUAAGAAGUCCAAGUCCAAGCCCGACCGGACGAGCAAGACUCCCACCGUCCAGAGCAACAUCACCCAACCCGAGCCGCCCCGCGAGUUCAGGCUCGUUACCGACACGGAGCUGGGUCGCCGGCAAGAUCAGAUCAUUGCCAAUCUUCGCCACGAUCACAGCCCGCGCCCCGCUCCUGUCCGCAAAGAGUACACCACCAAGCCCUUCUACAUCGCCCCCUCUGAGGAGAAGCUCGAGAUCCACGGCAUCAAGGUCGAGGUUGUGUCCGAUGAAGAUGAGUGCUACCACCCGGCCCCGAGCCUUUUCGUGCACACCGAGCAAAAGGUCACGGAACGCUUCAGCCCCAAACCUGUCAACAGGGCCGGAACUCCCCACCCGCAGAGGAGGACGAGUUCUGCCAGCAGGCACUCGACGCGGACCGUCAACUCGACCAAGACUGCCCAGUCGACCAAGACGGCCCAUUCGACCAAGACGGCCAGGACUGCCCGCUCGACGCGGACGCUCAACUCUACUAGACGCAACGACUCGUCGAGCCGUCUUGUCAACGCCAGACCGGCACCCUCAGCAACCGGCACCAUCACCAUCGGCUACGCCGGCUACUAA